UUUGCCUUCUGAAUAUAUUGGGAAAAUUAAGAAAUCAUAGGUUGACAGGAAUUGUCAAAAUUAACUGGCAGGCGCAGCCUGAAACACCUUGUUUUAACGUGUGUUUUGUUGAUAAUCAAAGUUUAAAACAAAUACAUAAUGGAAAACAACGUUGCUUUAGAUUCCACCAAAAAAAGAAAGUUUCUUAAAUCCAUUAAAUCUCUGAAGAAAUUAAUCAAGAAAAAUGAGAAAGGAGUGGUGGAAAAGCCUCUUGAAGAAAAGAAGAAAAGGCCAAAAAGGGUUAAGCCGGACAGGGGUUUAGUUUAUUUGUCGCAUAUUCCACAUGGAUUUUAUGAGCACCAAAUGACUGAGUAUUUCAAGCAAUUUGGAGGGGUGACAAAUGCAAGAGUGAUUAGAUCAAGACGUACAGGAAGAUCUAAAGGAUUUGCUUUUGUUGAAUUCAGAGAGCCAGCCGUGGCUCAGAUUGUUGCAGAGACCAUGAACAACUAUCUAAUGGGGAAAAGGUUGAUAAAGGCUGCUUACAUCCCUCCAGAAAAAAUAAGACGCUUUGCUCUAAGGAAAAAUUGGAAUGAUGUAUAUCACCCAGCUGCAGUGGAAAGAACUAAACAAAAAAAGUCAUUUAAUGCAGUCAAAAGUGAUAGUGAGGAGCUGAAGAAGGCAAGAAAAAUGCUUUCUAACUUAGAGAAAACAAAAAAGAAGUUAUCUGAAUUUGGUAUUAAUUAUGAUUUUAUGCCUGUUGAUAUACCAUUGGAAUUGAUUAAAAUAAAACAAGAAAGAGAAGAAAAUGAAAACACAGUAAAAGAAGAAACAGAUGUGAAACCAACAAAGAAAGAAAAGAAGAAGGGGGAAAGAAAACAAUGGUGAUAAAAAACCUGUAGAAGAAACAAAGCAAGAAAAAAAAACGGAACCUGUUAAAGCCGAAAAGGAUGUAAAACCCAAAAAAGAACCUAAAGUUAAAAAAAGUGAGCCUAAUGCUAAUAAAAAUAACUCUAAAACUAUAAAUGCACCUAAAGUUAAUAAAAAUGCCCCUAAAGCUAAUAAAAAUGAAUCUAAAGCAAAAAAAGAUAAACCAGAAGCAAAGGUAGAUAAAAAAGAACAGGAACAAAAACAGAAGAAAUUGGACCAGGCUGGAGUUAAGAGUGUAGAAAAUUUCAUUAAGGUCCAGGAAUCUGAUGAUGAUAGUGACAGUUCAGCAGAUUUUGAUUCUGAUGAAUAUGAAAAAAUGUUGAGCAAUGAGUCUGAUUUAGGUUCAGAUGAGAGUGAAGAAUCUGAUGAUGAGUCAGGUGAUGAGGAUGUUGAUGACGAUGAAGAGAAUGAUGACGAAGUUGAA